CUUCACCCAGACACUGGUGAAUGCUUGCCCGCCCUUCUGCUACCCAAUGCCAAGGCUAGGCCCGCCCCCUUUCGGUUUAGUGGCUGUGUGCUCAGCUGAGCUCCAGUCAUGGAAGGAGACGGACUGGGCCUCACUGUGUGUGUGCUGACCGGGGCCUCCCGAGGCUUUGGACGCGCCCUUGCCCCGCUGCUGGCCCGGUUGCUGUCGCCCGGUUCCGUACUGCUUCUGAGCGCACGUAGUGACUUGGCGCUGCUGCAUCUGGAGGAAGAGCUGGGCACACAGCAUCCUGGCCUGCGAGUGGUGCGGGCAGCCGCCGACUUGGGCACCGAGGCAGGACUGCAGCAGCUGUUGUGCGCAGUGCGCAAGCUCCCCAGGCCGGAGGGGCUGCAGCGCCUGCUGCUCAUCAACAAUGCAGGUACUCUUGGGGAUGUGUCCAAAGGCUUCCUGAACGUGAAUGACCCAGCUGAGGUGAACAACUACUGGGCUCUAAACCUGACCUCCAUGCUCUGCUUGACCUCCGACACUCUGAAAGCCUUCGCAGAUAGGCCUGGCCUCAGCAAGACUGUGGUUAACAUCUCAUCUCUGUGCGCCCUACAGCCCUUCAAGGGUUGGGGGCUGUACUGUGCCGGGAAGGCUGCCCGAGACAUGUUGUACCAGGUCCUAGCUGCUGAGGAACCCAGUGUGAGGGUGCUGAGCUAUGCUCCAGGUCCCCUGGACACAGACAUGCAGCAGUUGGCUCGAGAAACCUCCAAGGACCCAGAGUUAAGGACCAGACUGCAGGAGCUGAAGUCGAAGGGGGAGCUGGUGGAUUGUGGGACCUCAGCCCAGAAACUGCUGACCUUGCUGCAAAAGGACACCUUCCAGUCUGGAGCCCACAUUGACUUCUAUGACUGUUAAGACCAUGUCCUGCCACAGAGACCCCUCCAACCUGACCUGACACAAAUAUAACCAAUCAGACACAGCGGGCAGGGAGUGGCUGGCACUACCAGUCAACAGAUGGCUGGUGAAGGCCUUGAGAGGGGUGAUGUGUAUUGGAGUAGGAUCUCUAUCCCCAGGAAGAGAACUUUAGAGCUGGGAAGAGGAGGAAUGCUGAAACCCUGGGCAGAGGGGUUGACUGUCUUGUCUGUGGGGAGAGCAGGAUGGGAUCUGAUGUGGAAAGAGGACCAAGAGAAUCACAUUAAUGCUCCUUAAUUGUUUACGACUGUUCUGAUGCCUUCUUCCUCUGUAUCCACUGUUUCCCCUUGACUCUAGUCCAAACACAUCGGUAUAAGGCAGAUGUAAUAAUGUGGGUUGCCCUUCAUGGAUGCCUGUUGACCUCCUCUAGAGGAGUGACACCGCAGUUCCUUAGCUAGGGUAUCCUGAGAACCUUACUGUCACUUCCAAGAUCACGACCAGAGAGCUGUCUGCCUCCUGGUGUCCAGGCACAGUGGUAAGUGUAGGUCCAGAGUCAGCAACAUGGAUCUCCCAGAACGUCUAUGCCUUUGCCAUGCUUCUGUCCACACUGACCCGCUUUACUUAGGUUCUAGAGCUGGUCAACAGGUGUCCAUUCUCAGUACUCCCAGUACAGCAGACAGUCCUCAGCAUGAGUGCUGGGAUUUCCAGUUCUACCCCUUGCCAACCUGGCAGUGCUGUAAACAGGCCCUGGCUGCUGUGGUGACCCCUAAUGAUACCUCCCUGUGGCUCAUGGUCUGCUGUGUGGAGGAUGAACAAGGAUCCAUGAAGGAAGUGAUGAGAGAUUUGAACCGUGUGCAACCUAUAAUUAUGGUUGGAAGCUCUGCUGUGAGACUGGUCUGUAGACAGCCUUUAACAAGGAACUCAAAGUUCCCAAGCAUCUAAAUAAAUAAAAAGACUGUGCCCAGCAUCUGCUGUGUUAGGAGACCUGGUCCUCCUUGUGCCCAGCAGAGGGCACUCUGGGGCUGUGCAGUGUGGAAAGAUGGGACUUCUCCUUCCUGCAGGGUAUGUUACAACCGCCUGGGGUCCUACAGGAUUCCCCAAGGUUGAAGGGGGUGACUUCUAUCACCUGUCCCAGUGGAGUCUUUACCCUCUUCUGGAAUGGAAAUGGCUGGGUUCAGACCUCUUCUCACCCGCUGGUAACCCACAACAAGUCAGUCUUCUGCCUCUGAAAAGACUGUGUAUUACAAUGCAUUUAAAAUAAAUAAAGCACUGCACACA